GGACGCUGUGCGUGAUGACGUCAAAGGCAGUUGCCGGUAAAGUGGAGUGACCUUCGUAGGACCGUCAGAAGCUCCGUCGGCUCAGAGGGACGCUCGGUUUUCUUCGAGACUUUGAAGCAGCAGAGGCUGGGAACGGCGGCUGGCCCCGCUUCCAGCGACAUUCAGGCAUCCUUGAUGGAGCACAUCCCGGCUAAUGCUCCAGCGGGAUAGAUAGCCCGUCCGGACCAAGCCCGAAUUGGCCCGCUGUGGUCUAAAAAAGCCCCACUCCUGCACAUCUCCGUCUAAUGACUGGAGGUGGAGUGAGGUGGCCGUUGCUUUUCAGAACUUCUCCAUGGGGGGUGACCCUCAGAGAAGGGCAGAGCCUUCCGCCUGACCUUCAGCAGGUGAUCAUGGGCGACGCAGACAAAGGAAAGAAGGUGUUUGUCCAGAAAUGUGCGCAGUGCCACACUGUAGAGGAGGGGGGCAAGCACAAGGUGGGCCCCAACCUGUGGGGUCUGUUUGGACGCAAAACCGGGCAGGCGCCUGGUUACUCCUAUACAGACGCCAACAAGAGCAAAGGCAUCAUCUGGAAUGACGACACCCUGAUGGAGUACCUGGAGAACCCCAAGAAGUACAUUCCUGGAACUAAGAUGAUCUUCGCAGGCAUCAAGAAGAAGGGCGAGCGCCAGGACCUCAUCUCCUACCUGAAGUCAGCGACGUCAUGAAGAAGCCCCAGAAUCUGAAUAUUUAAUGUUAUUUUAUUGUUUUGGCCCAUAAUGCUCAUCAAGGUUCAUGACUCGCUUUAAAGCCAUUCUCCAACACAUGCUCCUCAUGAAACGCUGCAGCCUCUCACACCACGACGGUUAUCCGACACAUUCACCAGAAGUUUCCAGAACCCACUCCAAGGUUCUGUCUCUGCUGCAGUUCCGUUUGGUUCAUUCACUGCUGCCUUGAUGAAGGCUCCUGGGUUGAGUCAGGGUGGAACAAUAAUCUUGCUGCCGGGGGGGGGGGCUCCAUCUGGACCGGAAGGCUUAUGAACCUGGUCUCACAGGCUGGGGCAGUUACUGGUUUUAUUUAUUUGACUAUAAUCUGUGUUUCAGUGUUGAAGCUGCGUUUUCUGUGGACAGGAAGUGUCAGAUCAAAUUAAACUUCAGAUGUGAAAGAACGCUCAA